UUAAAUUUUGACAUUAAAAAUCAAGACUGUGACCAAUGAUAGUCUUAAGCUUGGCUAAUUAAUAUGUGAUUUAAAAACAAAUAGAAAAAAGUAUGAUAUCCAAACCCUUAGCGGGGGUGAACUGUUCAUUUCACAGGUCCCUAUCCGGAUAUCUGCUGUAACAGAGCAAAGAGCCGCUAGGUGGCUCCAUUAAUUUAAUAAAAUUAAAGUCGGGAAAAGAUAAUGUAUAGUCAAGGAACAAAAUAUCUCUUUUAAGCAGAACCUUUAACCAAAGAAACAAUGAUCUUUAAUCAUAGCCUCUCACUCAGAAUAAUUUGGAAUAUAGGAUUAAGAGUUGAACUAAAAAAAAAAUCUGCAAGACUGCAAAGUAUGUAUGGGUAAUCAAUUUGCUAAAGAAAAGUAUAUUCUUAAGGACAUCAAUUACUAAGGGAGGGAUGGUUUCAAAUCUUUCCUAAUUUAUUACCAUCUAGUUUGCCAGCUUUUCUUUUGAACUUUUUCUUUUUGUUUAAACUUUAGGAAAAAAUAUUAAAUUUGAGCAUUUAUUAAGUUACUAAAAAUUGCUUUCCAAUUUCUUGACUUACAGCUGUCAUCCUUAUUAACAUCCCAAGAAAAAGAACAACUUCGUCUGGGCUAUUUGGGAAGGAAAACGAAAGCUGUGUGCUUACCUAAACUACCUCAAAAUACAACUAAGGCAAACGCUACUCCAUUCUAUACCAUUUGCAAGGAGACUGAAAGAAACUGUGUGACAAGAAUUCCUUCCCGGGUUCACAAAAGACGAGAAAAAAUGUUACAUCUGAAGUGUGAGUUGCAUUUUAGGUACCCAAGUUGGCUAAAGAUCUUUGGAUUUUAUUUUUUAAGAAGUGCUAAAACAGAAGAGGAUCAUUUUCCUGAAAGUACAUAAGGAACUGUCACGAAAAUAAAUGCGGGAGGUGGGUUCCGAAUUAUUAAGUAUUCUGAACCGUGAGUCUGCAAUUGACAAAUAGGAAGAAUAAAAAAUUUUUUUCCUCUCCCCUCUCCUUUAAAAGAGAAUCUCAGACCUGUCACCGCUUAAGAAAAUAUUUAGAACUCAAUUUAACCGUAAAAAAAAACAAUUUUUUUUCUUAUCGUUCGGAGUCAAUAAAUAAUGAUGGCGUGGCACUUGGAGUCUCCACAGUAUUUUGCUGGUUUUGUUUGUUUUUCCAGGCAGGAGCUGCAUUAGAAAACUUAACAGAAGUAGAGGGCAAGUCUUCUGCCAUAAUUCGUUGAGAUCGUUUUUUGUAAACGAGCGCUUCUAGCACAGUUUAAAUUACAGUUGGCUUUAAAAUGCUAAUUCCGAACCCACUUAUUUAAAUGUCUUUGAAAACGUUUACCCUUCUGUUUUCGAAGACAACAAAUCACACCAAAAGUCUGCGCAAACUGGACCUAAAAUGCAUAUCUAUUUCCCGAUAGGAACGAACCUGUCGCUAUGUUUAGAGAAAUUAAAAAACCGAUUUCGGUCCUUCCCUUCAAAGAAUUCCCUAGGACAAGGGGACGCACCAAAAUGCUCCUUAGUAUCUACGGUGUACCUCCCAAGACUUGUAAAUCGCGUCUAUUAUUCUCGACUGGGAGCCGACCAGUCGGGACCGGACGUGAUUCCUGCAAAUGAUCACAAAAGAUGUAGAGGCUCCAGGUCGAAAUAUCAAAGGUUGGGGCGGGGGCAGGCAGGUGGGCUGAGCGGCCACCCAGAGUUAACUCACAGACUUUUUAGAACAGUCGGACCGUCCUGGAGAUUUUCUCUUUGUUUUGAUAUUCGUUAUUUUAUUUCGUUCUUGUGCUGAGGACACAAUGGUUAGGAAUGGGGAACAGGUUGCUUGAAUAUCGGAGGCGCCGGCCUCCCCCGGGCUUCCCUGGUUCUUCCCGACCUCCCUCCGUUCCACCCCGGCCCGGAGAGGAGGGGUUGCAGCUGCCGGGCAGGCGCGACGGGCGGCAGGAGGUUUCCGCGCGCUGGGCCGGGAUGCGUGCGCGGGCAGGUGGGGCGUGGCGGGGGCGUGGAGAGCCGGAGCCCGCGGGCAGCCGCCCAGCCCCGGGACCGGCCCGGGAGGAGCCGAGCCGCCGACGGUUAUAAGAGGCUAGCUCGUCGGCGCUCCGCUCUCACCCAUCAGUCCCCGCCCCUCCUCGCCGAAGACAAGAGUCGCCGAGCCAGGGCCGCAGGGUUGGCCCCCAAAGGGAUGCUCUUGCCCGAGCGGCGAGGUCAGCCCCGCUCGCCCCUCGCCGCCGCCGCCGCACCGCGCCAGCCGACGGCCGCCGACAUGGCUCUCUACUGUGGGGACAACUUCGGCGUGUACUCGCAGCCCGGCUUGCCCUCGACCGCCGCCGCCGCCGCCGCCCCAGGCGCCCCCGCACCCGCCCGGGCGCCCUACGGACUCACCGACUACGCCGCGCCGCCAGCCGCCGCCGCCAACCCCUACCUGUGGCUCAACGGGCCGGCCGUGGGAGGUCCCCCCGCCGCCGCCGCCGCCGCGUACCUGGGCGCCCCUCCACCGCCGCCGCCGCCCCCGGGGGGCGCGCCGGGACCCUUCCUGCAGCCGCCGACCGCCGCUGGCACUUUUGCCUGCGCUCAGCGGCCCUUCGCGCAGCCCGCGCCCGCCGCGCCCGCCUCACCCGCCGGGCCCGCGGCGCCAGGGGAGCUGGGCUGGCUGUCCAUGGCCAGCCGCGAGGACCUGAUGAAGAUGGUGCGGCCGCCCUACUCGUACUCGGCGCUCAUCGCCAUGGCCAUCCAGAGCGCGCCCGAACGCAAGCUCACGCUCAGCCACAUCUACCAGUUCGUGGCCGACAGCUUCCCUUUCUACCAGCGCAGCAAGGCCGGCUGGCAGAACUCCAUCCGCCACAACCUGUCUCUCAACGACUGCUUCAAGAAGGUGCCCCGCGACGAGGACGACCCAGGGAAAGGUAAUUACUGGACCCUGGAUCCGAACUGUGAGAAGAUGUUUGACAACGGAAACUUCCGUCGGAAGCGAAAGCGCCGCUCAGAAGCCAGCAGCACCCCCUCAGUGGCCGUGGGGACUUCAAAAUCAGAAGAAGGGCUCUCCCCGGGACUGGGGUCAGGAGUGGGUGGGAAGCCAGAUGGAGACAGUGCCCCUGCAUCUUUGAGAUCCUCCCAGUCCCCAGAGCCUCCUGAGGACACUAAGAGUACUGCCUCCUCACCGGGAGUGUCCAUGCUUUCCUCCACCCCUUGCCUGAACAGCUUCUUCAGCAGCCUCAGCACCCUAAGCGUCGGUAGUAGCAGUGGGAGCACGCAGCGGGCACUCCCUGGCAGCCGCCCUCUAGGGAUCCAGGGGCCCCAGGUGCCCUCAGGCGGUGUGUUCCCCCCCAGCUCCGUCCCGGAGCCCUCGUCAGACCCCUUGCAACUGAAUCACAGCUCCAGCAGCAGCAGCAGCCAGAGAUCUUCCUACUACGGCCCCUUCCCCGCCAGCACCAGCGGGGCCCCGAGCAGCCCCUUUGGCAGCCCUUUCUACAACUUCAGCAUGGUCAACAGCCUCAUCUACCCUCGGGAGGGCUCUGAAGUAUAGAGCCCCAAUUCCCAGACUCAACUGUUGCACACCUGAGAUCUCAUGAAAAUACAGAUCUCCAGGCAGUAGGUCUGGGGCAGGAACUGAGAUUGCAUUUUCUCCAGAGCUCCCGGCAAGGUCCACUGAACACACUCGGAACAGCGUGUGGAUGCCAACUUUUUCUUUACCCGACAAGCUUUCUCUGGAUAAAGGGCCUCCCUGGAGAGAAAUCCAGUCCAGUCUGUCCUGGGAUGGUAUCCGAGAGCCCUGUGAGGGCAGGGACCAUGUCUGUCUGUUCAUCACUGUAUAUCAGGGUCACAGGGUCCAGUGGGCACAGACUUCAGCUGCAAAAACAAGUGAAUGAAGUUACUGGGUCAAAAAAGUAACAAUUGGCACUGGAAGCAGCAGGGAAUGGUUGGGACUGACCAGCUGCAGGCUGCUGUGGGCAACUGGUCUUCUCUGCCUGGCAGCAUUCUGUUUUUUCUAGAAAAGUCAGAGACCUGCAUUUUUCCAGGAAACCUCCAUUUGUCCUCUUUGUGGCUAAUGGAAAGUUUUUCAAAUACUGUGCUAGAAAGCACCGCAAAUCCUUGAGCUCUCUACCCAGCUCAAAGAUCACCUCUAUUUAUGCUUAGUGUCAGGGAUGUGUCAGACAUUAAUAGCGAUAGAAAUGCCCAGACACACCCUGUGUGCCAGGCAUUGUUCUAGAUACUUACCAUGUAUUAGCUCAUUUAAUCCUCACAACAACCUUGACACAAAGGUAUUGUUACCCCCCAUCGUUUUCUGUAUGGUGGCAGUAAACUGCCAAGAUGUUAGGUCCAAACAGUAAGUCAUGAAGCCUGGAUCUAGUUUUUUGAUUUUUUUUGUUUGUAUGUGUGUGUGUGUGUUUAGUUUUCUGUUUUGUUUUGUUUUUUUUGGCUGCACUGUGUGCUUUGUGGGACCUCAGUUCCCGGAUCAGGGAUUGAGCCCAGGCCACAGCAGAGAAAACACCAAAUCCUAAUCACUAGACCACCAGGGAACUCUCACCAGGAUCCAGUUUUAAGGCAGUCUGGCUCCAGAGUCUGUGCUUGUAACCUUUGUGUUCUAGUCCCUGAAAAACAAAGGCAUUAACAUGCAUAGGCAGAGUAAGUAGCGUCUAAGGAGUAGGAAUGAGCUAGGUUUCAUCUAACCAAAGAUUCUGGCUGAAAUCAGUAUCGCUUGGGAUGUUCUGAGCAUCAAGGAUGGACACCAGCUCUGCCUCACUUUUGCUGCCAUAUUUCUGAGAUCUGUGGUCACCGUCCUAGUUAGCUGGUAUCCUGUCUUUUUUAGCAUAUGUCCUGGGUUUUUCAUCUUUGAAACAAAGUUUUAGUAUUUUAUUAAAAAUAGUUUUUAAAUGGAAUUUUUAUUUUUAAAAGCAAACAUUUGUGGUCAAAAAUUUUUCUAACGUAAUAUAUUUUAACACUCCCUUUUACUUCUCAGGAGCUGUCAUCAUUUGAAUACUUUUUAUGGUCACCGUCUUGGUGCCCAACAGAAUGUCUGUAUGUGGCAGACACUCAGCCACAGUUUGAACUUAUCCAAAAAGUGUUAGUG